UUUCAUUCCAGCAAACUGCACCAGCCGAGCAGGAAUGAGUCACAGACACAGGCGCUCAGAUUCCCAUAGGUGAGAGACUGACUUCUCUCUCUGGGAAAAUUCGGGUGCUCACUCCUUGGGAACGGCCUUGAGAGGGUGUUGGAGCCCUCAGUCUGCCUUGUCUGGUCUCUCCGGUCAGGGCUGGGUUUCCCUCAUGUAUGGCAAGAGCCUUAUGCGUGCUGUGCUUCUUGGCAUACAGCUCACAGCUCUUUGGCCUAUAGCAGCUGUGGAAAUUUACACCUCUGGAGUGCUGGAGGCUGUUAACGGGACAGAUGUUCGGUUAAAAUGCACUUUUUCCAGCUUUGCCCCUGUAGGUGAUGCUCUGACAGUGACUUGGAAUUUCCGUCCCCAAGAUGGGGGAUCUGAGCAGUUUGUAUUCUAUUAUCAUGCGGAUCCCUUCAAACCCAUGAGUGGACGGUUCAAGGACCGGGUAGUCUGGGAUGGGAACCCUGAGCGCUAUGAUGUCUCUAUCAUCCUCUGGAAGCUGCAGUUUGAUGACAAUGGGACAUAUACCUGCCAGGUGAAGAACCCACCUGAUGUUGACGGGCUUGUAGGGGAGAUCCGGCUCAGCGUUGUGCAAACUGGUAGGUUACGCAGAGGAAACGGUUUUGUACGCUUCUCUGAGAUGUAUUUCCUGGCUCUGGCCAUUGGCUCCGCCUGUGCAUUGAUGGUCAUAAUAGUCAUUGUGGUGGUCCUCUUUCAGCAUUUCCAGAAAAAACGAUGGGCUGAAAGAGCUCAUAAAGUGGUGGAGAUAAAAUCAAAAGAAGAAGAAAGACUCAACCAAGAAAAAAAGGUUGCCGUUUAUUUAGAAGAUACAGACUAACUUUCUUAGAUGGAGGCUGAAGAUUUCUAAGAACCACAACCCUGGGAUAAGUUGAAGUUGAUGGAAGCUUUUCUUUGUCUUUUUUCAGUUGUGACCCAUCUUCUAACCAGCUCUACAGUACCUAUCCACCUAGACAAGCAAUACCCCUCUGGAGCCAGCACAGGGCCACUCGUGAGCAGAUACCUCCAGACUCACAUCCAGGCUUAUUACUAAGGAUUUAUUUAAUUUUAGAGUGCAAAUAAUUUCAAAUUAGCUUUUGUAUAUUAUAAAGCAACAUUUUUGCCCUUAAA